ACACACAUGUUAAUUUGUUUGCCUUGGUUAUAUGAGACAAAUAAGAGCGGAUUUUGCUUCUCAAAUUGCACUAGGAGAAACUCCAGGAAAUCUCCCUGAUGAUCUGAUAGUCACCACAAGCUAGAAAUCAGAAGAUUCGCAAGCACACGAAGGCACAGGAAGAACGCGAUUAUUUUCAAGCACAACUAAUCAACAACGAGGGUGAGAUAACCACGUGGCUGAAGAUGAAGCAGCCAAACUGCCGGCUGAGCAAAGUCUCUCAGGCUGAGCUGGAGAAACUGAGGCUGGAUAGGGAGCUAACCAUGCUGAAAUGCCAGUAUGAGGAGGAGCAAAGGAAACGGCAGCAUAAAGAGAAAAUGGAGCUUCUUCAGCUGCAAACAUCACCAACAUGUGUAAGUCUUGCUUAGAAAGUGAGGACGAAGGGUGGGGUAGUC